GUGAAAUGGUCAGUGACUUCGACUUCGACAACUUUAUUUCUUGAUUUUCGUUUUCAUUCCCAUGUAACAAUGAUUUCUCUAUCUGAUAUAAAAUGUUGCCCAACAUUUUUGUCUGCAGACGUGAAGAAUUUACUAGAGAAACAUGAGAAGUUUGUUGAAGAAUUUCCAGACAACAGAGAUUACUGGUUUACUUCUGGAUUGAAAAUCAACUGGAAAAAUGUUGAAUAUACUUUGGAUGAUAUCGGGGAGCCACACGGCAGCAAGUGCUGGUUUGAGGAGGCAGUAAAAACAAUUGCUCCUUUUAUGUCUCACUGCGAUUUGGCUGUUAGAAGCCUCUCCCCUGAAGAUUACUUCAUACACAUGAAGCCUUACCUUAUGUGGACUUACCAGGAAGAUGUGGUGUCAGAUUGCUUCAAGCUAGUGUAUUCGCAGAAAUAUGAGGCUGAUUAUCUUUUAGCCCUGUUGAUGAUUACAUCUGUAUCUGAACGAGCCAUAGGAAAUUUGCUGCUCACAAGGGGUAAACAAGUUCCAUUCCUGCUGCGAGAUUUACUUAUCACAAUGGAAGUCCAGGAAAUAUUAGGAAAAACAAAAAGUCAGCUGUUUGUUGUUCUUUUUGGUUCUGUGUAUGGCCUGAACCUUCGAAACAUAGCAUGGCAUGGGUUUUUAAAUCCAAGAGAAGCAAAAUCUUCCUUCAUAACAACAAUUAUUUUAACGCUUGUGAAUGUUGGCCAAGACCUGGAAGUUAAUUUGGGUCCAGAAAUGAAUAUACCGCAAAGGUUGCAAACUUCAUUCCCUGAGGCAGAAGAUUUACGUUGUGUGUUUAUGAAGAUGCCAAUUGCAAAUAAGGAGUCAAUGGAAGAAAUCAUUACUCAAUCCCCACUAGUGCCAGAUGUAAUGAUUCCAGUAUGGACUAAAAUCUUGACUUUGCUGGAUGAAGAAAGAUAUGGUUUGUGCCUCACGCUUCUUUUGCCCAUGCUAGAAUGUUCCAUGAGAUGCUUGUUUGCAGUUGUCAAUGAAGAAGCUACAAGAAUACUUACUGCAGAAAACUCAUCAUUCUAUACAACAUUUGAUGAGAUUUUGCAGUUGUAUUAUAAAACUGAAGAAGCAGGUAUGCCAGGUCUGAGUAUAAGAAGAAACCAAGAAAUGAUGUGUGUUGCAGAUUCACAUAGCAACUGUAAAAUUGGAGUAUUUGAUGAAGACUUUACAUUGAAAUGUGAACCAGAGAAAGUGUGUUGUUGUAAAUCCAUGAGGGUGAACUUAGUUCCUUUUUUGAUUGGCGAAAAGCUUAAUGAAGCAUUACAUGAUAUACUGAACUUUGUGAAUGGACCUCGAGUCAGAGAUAAACUAAGUCACGGUGAGGUCAAACUUGAUCAUGUUUCUAAAUAUGUUACAUAUCAUACUUUAUACAUUAGUUUACUUGUUCUCUCUCUCAGACACUGGAGGUGUGAAAAAGAGGCUUGUAAAGAAUACAGUUCGUUGUGUAAGGUCACAGAUGAAUUAGCAGUUACACCAUAUUGCAAGCUGGAUAGCUGUAGUCCCCACUUUUGCGACAAAAAAUCCAUAUCCCAGAUGCUUUCCUGUAAUAUGUCAAAAAUUUCUCUACCAACCAAAUCCCUGGUUCACUUAAUGAAAAACUGCAUGUUGGACUAUCAAUGUGCUUAUCACCCAAAAGCAGUCCUUCAUAAAAAUUUGAGUUCAAGUAUAGUAACAAAACGAGAGUGGUCACAGUGGGAUAGGGUGCCAUGUAGUGAUUUAGAAUAUCCUGACUGGGUAAACAUGCAGUUUAAGAGUAAUGCCUGACUACUUUAGUUUCCUUGCUUUGACUGGCCUCAGAUGUGGAGCUCAAGGAUUUUUGGAAAUGAGUCACUUCAUGUUGCAUGUCAAAGAGGCUAAAUACAGGGUACUGUACGGAAGCAAUUUGGAAAUUGAGCUCAUAU